AUGCCUUCAAACAGCUCGCCCCUUCCCAAAUUAUCAUUCUUUGUAAUAAUACUAUUAUUUUUGUUUCCCACGGACGCCCGAGUCCAUCCUACAACUACCUCUGCUGUCUUCACGACCACGAAAUUCACCCCCCACUCAGGAACGACAAGUAAAAUUUAUACUCCUGCCGUUACACCUAAAACAAACCAUCCCUCAUCAAGCUUCUACUCCAAACCGAUAACAACACUCGUCCAAUCCUCGGCCAUGGAACAGGCAAGCCUGGUGAAUGCACUUAGCAAUGAAGCUACGUUUGUUAACAUUCAAACGAUAAUUCCCGGAAAUCGUCCAUUACCAAAUGCCCGCAUAAAUCAUAUGACGCAUACUUACCAAAGGGAGAUUGUCACACCGGGGAUGGGUUCCUCGGGAAACUCGAUCGUGUUUGGAAGAGUUUGGAGUAGAAGGUUGAGCGCAGGCAUUCUUGUUAUUUGGAUUUUGUUGUGCGGUGCGUUUUGGGAAUAG